UCCUACUCGUGCGCCAGCUCCAAUUUCAUUGCGUUCGUUACAGUUUAAUUCGAUUAAAGCUCAAUUUAAAUAAAAUCGCUGCAAAGUCAAGUUUGAGAGUCCGUACCGAAACAAUAAAGCCGACUCACAUUCGGAGCUGCUUAACUGCCUCCGAUUCCAAUUCCGAAUACAAUUUCAAUUCCGAUUCCGUUGAACGAGCCGCGACUGUUGUUUGCUGCAACGUCGACGCCGCUGUCGCCGCCGCCGUCGCCGCCGCCGUCGUCGUCGUCGCUCGCUUUUGGCGCAAUCGAAAGUUACGUUUUGGCUUUACGUAGCCCGCAUUAGUCGUACGCUGAGCGUUGUCGACGUCAGUUCACGGUUUCGAAUUCGAUUUCGAAAGAUCCCGAAACAAACAAGAUCAAACCUUUUCGGAAACCGAACAAUUUGUGCCUAUCGCAUCAGCUGAAUUUCCAAAUGGAGGCGGAUAGCUACGUUCAGGCUUCGGCGUUACCCAACAGCAAGCGCUUUGUUGUCGAAGAUUCAAUUACUAAGGUAACCUCCGAUGGGGAGCCGCACGGCAUGAUGACCAUGGUGGCAGGUUUAUCGGGCCUAUUGGCGGCCAUUAUUAUACUGGCCGUGCUCGUUUCUAUGGUGGCCUGUCGCAAACGUAAAACCUGCUGCAUCCAGAGGAGCAACAAGCAGCUACAGACCAAGUCGUUGGCCAGUGCCAGGGCCAUGGCCGUGGCAAUGACCAGCGUGGACAGAUCACAGCCACAGCUGGCCGGGCAUCUGAAUGCCGCCUUUGCGGAGAGCACCUUGACCCUAAAUGUCGAUGCCAACUAUAAGCAUAAGGAUAAGGAUAACGCAAAUCAAUGGCCCACAGAGAUUGUUGUCGAGCGCUAUUAAACAAAUAGCGCUGGGAAAGCACGUGAUGUUUGUGAACAUAAAAGACUGACGAAUAGAUUUUUAAGCCAAUUAUACUACAUAUUAUGGAAAA